AUAAGAGAUUUGCAGUUUCAAAUACUACAAUGCAUAGGAAAAUAUACGUUUCAUUUGGUGUUAAGGUUAGAAAUUUUCAGAAAUAAAAGCCGGCUCUCACGCCGUCCCAAACCUUAUCUUCUCCAGGAGCGAACAUCACUAGUUUCACAGUCGGUCCCGAUGGCAUGGUGUCAAGGUCCUUCAGCAUCCUGAUGCUGGCCAGGUUCAAUGUCAACUUGACUGGAGUUUUCCAUAGUUUCCCAUAGCGAGUCCCAUGUUUGACUUUGUAUCGUUUCAUAUUUUUUAUUGACAAAAGCACAGAUUGUUUGCUCAUCCAGUUUACGUGUGACACAAAGCCAGUGGGUUAGAAACCCACUGAAUGACAGUCAGGAUCCAAGAGGCUAGAACAUUAGCCUAAAGUCUUUUUUAAUGAUUAAUCAAUCAAUCAAUUAAUUUAGCAAGCAUUUACUAUCUCUCCUACUUCCUCACUGAACAAUAAAAAAAGAAAAGAAAUUCCCCAUAACGAAUAUGCAUAGCACAACGAAAGAAAUCCCCACGUUGGUCAUUUCCAAAAUUGCAUGUCUGGUUCUGCAUCUCAAGUGUUGCCACAGUAAGGAGGUGGGGAGCAUUGAGCUGACUGGAGUAAGAGGAAAGGAUAAAGGGAUAAAAGAAAAAAAUCUCCCACUUGGGUUCCAAAACUCAACUUUAGACAUGCAGGAUAUAGGGGGGAGGGGGAGGCCUGAGAGAGGCUUACAGAGCAGUUCGUCUGCAAAAGAUCAGAGUGCGAGUGAGCUAAAUAUGAAUCCACAGUGCAACCUGACAGCUACCCCCACCUCGACCCCUAGCCCAGGCUAAUAGGAUCCUGGGCAGUGGACGUGAUGCUCCCAGUGUUAGACCACAUGUGCAUCGCUGUGCUGUUGUGGGUUCCAGGGUUUGUGAAAGACAUUGAAAAGCUGGAGAACAGAGGGAGGAGUAGGACCAGGCUGAGGAAGGGCCUAAGUCCUUACGAGUAGAUGAAAGACAUGGGUGUGAUUAGCCUGUGGGAGAGGAGACAGGGGGAACAUGAGCGCAUUCUCCUGAGGCUAUGGGUUGAACUGCAUCGCUGCUUAGGUCCCUUCCAAUAGAGACUCUGACAUUCUGUUUCCAACCGGGGUGGCUGGAAUGCAAACCUCUGUGUGGACCUGGCCAGCUGCCUGAGCAUGGGCAGCUCUGACUCCUUCCUAGCCGAGAAAGGCGACACCCCCAGCUGCCUCUGCUGUUCACAUGAUCUCUUUUGCACUUGUGCUACAAGGGCCAGAUUUUCCCCCACACUGAGGCAGAGACCAGAUGUUCAACAAAUCGUUUACACUUCCCCAAAGCAUUUGUUUCCUGUUCGUCACUUCUAACUUUGAAACCAAUCCUCCAGGAGGCCCCAACUCCCUCCACGCUGAAGUGAUUGCCCCAGAGAAACCUUUCCUCUGCAUACUUUCUCUCUCCUUCUUUGGUACUGGCACCCUCCCGUGGCCAAUCUUAGUGAUAACACAGCACAUACCGCACCUCAACCCUCCAGAUGCGUGCAUGCAUACAUGAUGCCCAUUUUACAGAUGAGCAAGUGAGAUUCCAAAAAAUUAAAUAAAGCCAAGGUCCCACAGCCAGUUCAUGACAUAUACAGGUCUCCUAAUUCCCAAUAUUGCCUUGAGUUUUGCAGUGGGUUCACAUGAACUGCCUUAUUUGUCUGAGUGCAGAGGGAGGAGGAGGAAGAGGACAAGGAGGAGAAAGGAAGGAAGAUGAGCCUAAUUUUGGAGCAAAGGAAUGUUGCCAGCUGCACUGACCUGAGGUCAGAGGACCUGCCUUGGGAUCCUGGUGCUGCCUGCCACUCAGAUCCAUCUGUUCACCCCUCUGAGAGUCAUUGGCCUUGCUUGUAAAAGGCGGGCCCGUGGAGGGGCCAUCUUGUCCAGCUUCCUUCUGUCAUCCCGGGAGAAGGCUGAACGUCAGCCCAUCAAGGCUGCCUGUGGGGGUGGAGGGGACCCCAUGAAGAGAAAGAGGCGAGCUCUGGAAGGAAGUACAAGACAAACUGUCUGGGGAGGCUGGGACAAAAGAAGACUGUUGGGAAGACUUGCAUUUUUAAACCCAGAUCCCCAACCCAGAAGCAGCAUCAGUAUUUUGGCCAGGCACUAGAUCCUGAAGUCCCUUCACAGAAACCAAGUGGCCUCCCUUGCUCCUCUGCCCAGAGAGAAACUGCAGACCAUCCAUAUCCAAUGGGGAACUGGGUGGUUAACCACGGGUUCUCAGCUGUGGCUCUGGUUGUUUGGCUGGGGCUAAACGUUUUCCUGUUUGUGUAUGCUUUCCUGACGUUUGAGAAGUCGGACAAAUACUACUACACCAGAGAAAUCAUUGGGUCUUCACUAGCAUGGGCUCGGGCCUCUGCUCGCUGCCUGAACUUUAACAGUCUCUUGAUACUGCUCCCUGUGUGCCGGAAUCUGCUCUCAUUCCUAAGGGGCAGCUGCUUGUGCUGCAGGCGUACAUUGAGGAAGCAAUUGGAUCACAACCUCACCUUCCAUAAGCUGGUGGCCUACAUGAUCUGCCUGCACACAGUCAUCCACAUUGGUGCUCACCUGUUCAAUUUUGAACGGUACAGCAGGAGCUGCAAGGCUGAUAACAAGUCUCUGGCCUUCACCCUCUCUACCCUGUACCCCCAUGAGAAGGGCAGCCCGUGGCUAAAUCCCUUCCCCUCCCCAAACAUGACAGCAGAGCGCUUGACCUUCACCAGCAUCGCUGGCCUCACUGGAGUGAUCAUCACCUUAGCCCUGAUCCUCAUGGUGACCUCAGCCACAGAGCUUGUCCGCCGGUGCUACUUCGAGGUGUUUUGGUACACUCACCACCUCUUUGUCUUCUACUUCAUUGGUCUGGUAAUUCAUGGAAUUGGGGGGAUUGUCCGAGGUCAAACAGAAGACAGCAUGAAAGAACACCCCCACAGCAAGUGUGCAGAGGAGUAUGACAAGUGGGGUGAGCCCUUACACUGUAAACGUCCCCAGUUUGAAGGGCUGCCUGCUGAGUCCUGGAAAUGGGUUCUAGCCCCAGCCAUCCUAUACAUCUUUGAACGGCUCAUCCGGUUUUACCGCUCACAGCAGAAAGUGGUGAUUACCAAGGCCAUCCUGCACCCUUCCAAAGUACUGGAGCUUCAGAUGAACAAGUGUGGUUUCCGAAUGGAAGUGGGACAGUAUAUCUUCGUCAAUUGCCCCUCAGUGUCUCCCUUGGAGUGGCACCCUUUCACCUUGACCUCAGCACCUGAGGAACCUUUUUUCUCUAUCCAUAUUCGGGCAGCAGGGGACUGGACAGAGAGUCUUAUAAAGGCAUGUGAACAACAGAAUUCCCCAUUGCCCAGGCUGGAAGUAGAUGGUCCCUUUGGCACAGCCAGUGAGGAUGUUUUUCAGUAUGAAGUGGCUAUGUUGGUGGGAGCAGGAAUUGGGGUCACCCCCUUUGCCUCCAUCCUGAAAUCCAUUUGGUACAAGUUUCGACAUGCGGACCACACCCUCAAAACCAAAACGAUUUAUUUCUACUGGAUCUGCAGGGAAACUGGUGCUUUUGCCUGGUUCAAUGACCUGCUGGCUUCCCUGGAACGAGAGAUGGAAGAGUGUGGAAAAGUGGGUUUCUUAAACUAUAGGCUCUUCCUCACCGGGUGGGACAGCAACAUUGUUGGUCAUGCAGCAUUGCACUUUGACAAAUCCACUGAUGUUGUGACGGGUUUGAAACAGAAAACCUCCUUUGGGAGACCUCAGUGGGACAAUGAAUUUUCUGCUGUAGCUGCUGUCCAUCCCAGGUCAGUGGUGGGGGUUUUCCUGUGUGGCCCCCAGUCCCUGGCGAAGAGCCUACGCAAGUGUUGUAACCACUACUCCAGCUUGGAUCCCAGGAAGGUCCGGUUCUAUUUCAACAAGGAAAACUUCUAAGUGGAAGAGGCAAAAGGAGAGUGGCUGGUCAUGAACUCUUGGCUUCUUUCAGCUCUCCUUCUGUGCCCCCACAUGGAGAUGUUAUACCUGGGCAAAUGACAGGGCUCUUCGACCAGGUUCUAAUAGUCUGGUCUUUCCAUUGGACCCACACCUCAUCAAUAUGGGGACAGCAGGCUGGCCUCCAGAAUAUGUGCUGGGUGGGCCUUCUGCCAUGCCUCUGCUUCUAUGCCUGACUAUGGGGGGGGGGGCGGUGCCCUCCAUCCUUUCCUCUCCACCUCCAUCCCCCUUUGCUGGAUGGCCUCCUAGUCACUCUUGAAAGUUUGGCUCAGAUGGAACUUCCAAUAAAGCCUGCCCAGGUUAAUGACAACUAGCUCUCUGUUGGACCUCACCUGGCAUUUGGUUUUUACUUCUAUGCGCUAGGCAAACAUUACUUUGUAUUUUAACCCUCUGUAGCACAGCCCUCUGCUUGUCUGGGAGCUCCAUGCAACAUCUCUAAUUGGACAAUCCAUAGGCAGAUCCAAAAUGGAACUCCUGAUCUUCUCCCCUAAACCCGUCCCUCUUUCCAACUUCCCUAUUACUGUUGAGGACCCCACCAUUCUCCCAGUCAUCCAUGAUUACAACCUAAGUGUCCUCCUCACAUUCCUCACUCUCACUCCACACAUAUCCAAUCUGGUUUCUUCCUUCACAACCUCUCACAUGAGUUCCCUUCUGUGCACAUGAUCCACCAUGGUCAGGCCCUCAAAACCUCUCACUUGGACUAUAGCAAAAGCUUUCCAAUUGGUGUCCUUGCUUCACACCUAUCCCCACUCCAACUUCUCUUCCAUUCAGCUACCAAAGUGAUUUUCCCCAAGCACAGGUCUGGCCAUGGCAUUUUCCAUCCCCACCCCCCAAAACACCAGUGGCUCCUCCAUUUGGUGAACUUGACCCCUUCCUGCCUGUCUAGUCUUCUCACACUUGGAUUCCUCUCCAAAGACUCUAGCAUCCCGCAAGCCUGGCCAGCCUUGUGGCUGUUACUCACAGAAGGCACUCUCUCGUAUCAAGUAUUCCAGGCUUGGAAUACUCUCACCUUCCUCACCGUCACCUCCUAGUUUCCUCACUUCCUCCAAGGUUUAGCUCAAAUCCCACUUUCUGCAGAAGUCCUUCCCUCCCUCCCCCACCAAGCUAGUGCCU